UGCGCAUUUCCGCCAGAUAUAUUUACCACGUUUCUGUGUUAUUUACUGUCAGUUCAUUUUCCGAUACCAAUUGAAAGCAGCGACCAGAGUUCUUCAUUGCCACUGUUGCAAACAAGUUAAUCAUAAAUACCUGUGUCGAGUAACACGGUUAACAAGACGUAUUCAGGCUACGUUUUUUUAAUUUUUGGCUGAGCUGAUCUUCCAAUUGCUAAGAUACUUUUGAUGUGGAAAGUGUGUAAAUAUCUGAAGGCUACCUAAACACCAUGAAGUUUACAGACCAAGAGCCUGCCUUUGUCACCUGCUGUCAUCCAACAAAUGAAGUAACCUCUUAAAACACCAGCCCUAUUAUCCAGCAAAUUUUUUUUGCCUUAUAGCUACCAUCCCACUGUACCAGCAAAUCCUCAAACAUUAUCUACCUGCUCAACACUUGCCCAGGUGCUUUCAUUAGCUGUGAAAACUUCUCUUCACAGUUUUCUUCUCACUCCAGAGAGCAUCCAAUCUCAAAUGAUGAGGACGGACAGCAAAGGCCGAAGUGCCUCCCCUCACAGGAUAACCUACAAGUCUGACUUCCAUGCCAUUAAGUGUUCAUUCGACUCUGGGACCAGUUUACAACAAGGGACCAAAGCUGCUGCUGCCCAGCGCUCUGCUGUGCAUCCAAACAGGCUGCCAUCCAGCAUAUCAGAUCCCAUGAUGUCCCGCACCAGCAGCAGCACAGGCAGCAGAGGGAGGGUCCAAAGCACGAGGGGGACCAAGAUCAGAGACAACAUUUUCCUCCAAAUGGACAGCCAGCAGCUGAAACAAGAUGGUGGUCCAGCGCUGAGUCUUGGCGUCACACCCCUCGUUUCCCCCCAAAAUCCUAGCCUGCAGCUCCAAACUUCACCUUUCUCUGGAUCCAGACAUCCAGUCAUGACUUCCUCAUCUGUUGUGAGCACUGUGGCCUGCAUUUCUACUCCUGAAUCCUCUCUGCAAGAUAAACCUUCUAGAUCAGAUGAGAUAACGGAUAUUGACAGAGCUGCUCUGGCUCAGAAGUUCUCUGUAACCCGCAGGUUGUUUGAAACCAAGGUGAUGGAGGAUGGAGGAGUUUCAAAACCUGUGACUGGCAGGGGAAGCAAGGGGAUGGCAGAUGAGAAAGGAGAAGGAGAGGAUGGGAGAGGAGGAGGCAACCAGGUGAAAAGAGAGGAAGAAGCAAGUGAGAAAAGGAAGCACACGGAGGAGGGUGACUUUGAUAAAGACAAAUCCAUAAACCUACCUCUCAUAAAUAUUUCCUUGCCAAAGCCUCCUGACCUCAGCUUGACCCCUGAGGAGCCACUGAGAGCAGAACUUGUCGACGUAAAGACAGAGUCAUCAGAAAGUGAUGAGAAUGAAGAAGAAAAGGAGCAAAAAGAGAUCAUAAAAUGGAUUAAGGAUGAGGGGGAAAAGUAUAUCAACAAAAAUGUAGAAGAAAGUGCGGAGGCCCUAGUGGAUGAUGUUUUUGAAUCAAGUAUGGAAACAACACCGGGAUCUUACAUGCUGGAAAGAGAAGUAGGUAGGCCAGUGGCUCCCUCGAAAGAACACCACAGGCAGUUAUCCACCAGCAUGCCAUGUAAAGGAGAGACUGGAGAUGACGGAGAAAGUGGAAGAGACAAGUAUCAGCAGGUGAAUGAACCAUGGGAGGGUCAAAGGGAGGAGCAGAACAGAGAGUUCGUUGCAGGGGCUGAUAGGAAGUCAACAGAAAAGGGGGGCAACAGGGAGAAAAACACAGAUGCAGGAGUGAAAGAAAGUGCUGGAAGGAAAGAGAGGGGCAUGAUGCAAGAGGAGGAUGUUGACAAGGAAGUUGAGGGAAGGAGGAAAGUGGAAAGUGGAGAGGAAGAAUAUAGAGAAAGUCAAGAGCAGGAAAGAACUGAGAAAGAACAGAAGAGCGAGAGAGAAGAAGGUACAAUGUCUAAACACACCAAUGAGGAGGUGAAGCACGUGGCAUGCAGAGGAGGUAGUGAUGGAAAAGGUGACAUAGGAGGAGACAAAGAGGACCAGACAGGAUCUGCAGUAAUCUGUGGGAUUGAGAACAGGGCUUUUUUGUAUGAUCAGGAAUCCCAGUGUCAUCCAGACCAUUCCACAUCACCAAGCCAGGGUUUUGGACAGUCACUGCAUGCAGAAAAUCAGCUUUUAUUGAAAUAUGAGGAAAUUCCGGGUGUUCCUGAUCAGGAUGAUGAGGAUGCAUCAGAGGCGGCAACGAGAAAGGUCAGAUUCUCCUCAGCACCAAUCAAGGUGUACAGCACCUAUUCCAACGCAGAGUACGACAGACACAAUGAGGAUAUUGACCCAGUGUCCGCCUCGGCCGAGUAUGAGCUGGAGAAGAGAGUGGACAGGAUGGACGUCUUUCCAGUGGAGAUAGAAAAGGGAGACGACGGCCUGGGUAUCAGUAUCAUAGGAAUGGGUGUAGGGGCUGACCAGGGACUGGAAAAACUGGGAAUCUUUGUCAAGACAGUAACUGAAGGAGGAGCAACACAGAAGGAUGGAAGGAUUCAGGUGAAUGACCAGAUAGUGGAGGUGGAUGGGUUGAGUUUGGUUGGAGUCUCCCAGCUGUUUGCAGCCACAGUCCUCAAGAAUACAUCAGGCCUUGUCAAGUUUUUGAUUGGUCGUGAGAAAGAGGGGGUGGAGAGCGAGGUGGCACGACUGAUCAAUGAGAGCCUGGAAAUGGAUAAAACAUCCAGAAAGAGAGAAAGAGCCAGCAGAGAUGAGGAUGAUGAUGAUGAUGGCAGCAUGUCAGAGAAGGGUUCAGUGGCUGAAGAAGAAGAGGAGGAGGAUGAAGAGGAAGAUGAAGAGCAGGAUGUGUCUGUUCUUUCCAGUCUGGACAGCUACCAGCUUUGCCUCAAAUACCAGCAGCUUCAGUCAAAACUACGAAACAGAACGACCCAACUUCACCACACUAGAGAAAAGUUAAAGGCAUGGAAGGAGCAGCGGGUGUGUUGGAGGAACCAGAGGGCUGAGCUGGAGCAGAGGGCAGAGGAUGGAGACGAGAAAGCUGACAAACUAGAGAAGUAUUGGCAAGAGGCCCAGACACUGUGCAGGGUUGUGAGCCAGCGACUGGCUGAUGCCCAGAGCCAAUCAGAAAGCUUAGAGAUCAAAUACAGCAAAGCCAAGAGACUGGUCAGAGAAUACCAGAGCAGAGAUGAGGAGAGGGAGCACAGGGAGGCGGAUUUGAGGAGAGAAAUGGAGGAGAGAGAUAAGCAGCAUAGAGACACUGUUGAAAGGCUGCAAAUCCAGAUAGCACAGCUAGAGAGAAAAGAGCCUGUAGCUGAAAGAAAGAACCACUCUGUGGACUCUUCAGUCAUAGACUGGAUUAUUCCAGUCCCUGAUACAGGACGUCUAGACUCCAGUGCUCAUAUAGCCAGAGCUCAGCUGGCCCAGAAAUCCAAGCGCCAUCCACCCUCUCGAGACAAACUCCGAGAGAGCUUUAGAAAACAGGAAGUUGAAGUCCAGACACCACAUGAGAGCCAACCACUGUCCGCUCCCACACUGGCACAAAGGAGCAGUAGAAAUGACAUGUCCAGCACUUCCUCCUUCUCAGCCCUCAGUCCUCAUCCUCCCACCAGCUCCGUCUUCACCCCUCCCAUCUACAUCACUGACACCGUCACUCCUUCGCCAUGCAAAUCCUCAGCUUCCAGAAAGUCCAAAAGGAAAUUUCCAGACUUCAGUGGCCUUCGCAAGUCUCUCAGCAAAAGGAGAAGUGAAAAACACAGCAGAAGGUCCAUGAGCAACAGGGGGUCGUGCGGUGACCUGGUGGAUGAGAACACUGGCGUUUCUCCAUCAGGUUCAGUCACCUCCAUGCCCUCUUGCUUGCCCUUUCCCUGGUUUGGAGAGAAAGGGAAGGAGAAAGGAGAGGCACAGGAGGAAGGGGGGGGGAGAGGCAGGGAGAGGCUUCGGUCUGUGUCCAGCAGCAGUUUGCCAUACCUGACCACCACAGCCAGAAGAGAUCAGAGUGCUGGCUCUCCCGUGGGCAGCUCCAGCAUGGUGUGUCACGCCUCUGAUCACUCCCUCUCUGGGCACUCUCACACUUUCACCUUUUCCUCCACUGAGACGUUGGACGAUGACCCAGUUCCCACCAAUAACAACAAUCAGUGGAAAAGUCGACCCGUCUUGGAGUGGAACAACCAGCAGGUCUGUCUGUGGUUAGUCGCCUUGAACAUGGAUCAAUACACGUCAGAGUUCGCUGCCAGAGGAGUGGAUGGGACACAGCUGCUCAACAUGGACAGUGAGAAACUCAAGGCUCUGGGUGUGUGCAGUCAAAGUGACCGCUCUGUCCUGAAGAAGAAACUGAAGGAGAUGAAGAAAAGAGAGGAGAAAGAACAGAGGAAAGGAGAGACCAGGCUGAAAGAAGAAAAGGAGAAAGAGAAGAAUGCAGUUUUGGACAGAGACGGUGAAGGAAGAGAGAGAGCGAGGAUGACGACGGAGGAGAAGUCUGUAAAAGACGUCAGACGCAGCGGCAAAACCGUAAGAACUGAGUCACUCUUAUGAAGGGAAAGACAAAGGUGACGUCGGAUGCACCACCAGCAUGAGGAUGUGUUUGCAGUCUGAUACACACACAAAUACACUUGAACCUAUUUCUAUUUAGCUAAUAGAAAUAGAUCUGUCGCACACAUCCUCUCUUCUUCAUAUGUUCAUAAUUAUCAUUUAGUAUACAGAUCACUAGUUGGUUUUAACUGAAAGAUCUUCAGACUAGGACUCCAGCACCAAAGUUCACACUCACAGCAAUUAUGUGUCUAUGUAUAUGUCAAGUGUGUGACUGUUUUCCUUUUUUUUCCAUUUUUUUUCUUUCAUGAACUUUAAAUUAUCCUCCUAAAUUAUUUGACAAUGUGCUGAUUUUACGCGUUCAGGUAUUUGCUGUAAAUGCUUUUUUAUCUAUUAAUA